GAGAAAAUGACACAAAAGGGAGCUGAAAAGCAUGUGUUUUGUAGGGGCGAUACCAACACAGGGGAAAGGUGGAAAAGUACUCUGGAGAGUUAAAGGGCUGUCAGGUUUGAAGCAAGCAUAGCUGGUGUUGGAACUUUCUUAAAUAGAGGUUUCAGGGAGGAAGUAUCCAAUUUAUAUUUAGGAGUACCUACUAGUCUUCUAAUUGUGUCAUUUGUGUAAUUCUUUUUUCUCCAACCAGAUUGAAAAUUCCUUGUGGACAGGGACCGCGUGCUAUUUUUGUUGGACCACAGAGUAGAUGUCCAGUGAGCCAAAUAAUAUUUCUUGUGACAGAUAUCUGUGAUUUUCAUAGCUUUGCCACAUGCAUAUCCCAACUGACAUCUAUAGCAAAGGGGGCCAUAACAAUCAGAAACAGGACUAGAGCAAUGAAGGGAAUGGGACUCCUUUUAAUACAAGUUAGCUUUGACAGAAUUUUUGUAAGAAGCAAGAAGCUGAUCCUAGCUGGAAGACAUUUAAGUCAUUCAGUUAAUUAUGUAGAUAAUUAAAUUUCAGUAAUCCCUCCCUUUUUCCAUUUUAAGUUUUGUGACUGUGUAAACCACAGCAGGCUUGUCCCUCAGAUUAUUAAGCUAUCAUUGUGAAAAAAGAGAAUGAUACAUAUUUCCCCCUUUGUCCCUAGAGAUUCUAGAAGGAAAAGCGAUGUACAAAGUGACAUCUAUGAAGACUGCCUUUGAACUGCUAGGAGUCAGGCGGGGUCAAAGCACAACGUGCUCCAAAAAGGCUGGUCCUUCACACCCCAGUGAUUUGGUGGCUAGUGAGACAAAUGCCACUUCCUUCUAUUAGGCCCCUCAGGUCUCAUCCUCGGUAGGUCUAGUGCCCUUUUCUGUGUCUGGGACCUGGAACACUCAGCCACCAUUCAGCUGCCCGAAGGCCACGCUCAGACUAUUCCCUCACGAUGGAGGGUUCAGAGGGAAAAGAAAACAGUUGCCAUGUCUUCCGUCCCCGCAGUGACCUUGAGGGUCUGGCUUCAUGUUUAACGACUACAGUGGCUCCACCCAGGGCCAUGGAGUUAGUCUUUCUUGACCUCGUAGCGCCCUCCCUCCCAGAGCUUGGGGACAGCCACUCUAUCCCUAGCCUGACUGGGGUUUAGUGCAGAGAACCCACAUUCCGAAGCGCCAUGCUCAGCCGCUCCAGGUUUUCCGCGUCUCCGAAAGUCUAGCUUGUUCUGGGGCCCUACAACCGAACCUGAUGGCCGAUGUUUCCUACCAUAGGCUAGCCGUCGAUAGCCCCAUUGCCGUGCUGCAUUCCUAAUGGCGGGAGAAGGCUGUCAGUCACCGGUCCAGAGGGGCGGGACGCCAGCACUGCCAUGCUAAGUUGAGCCUUUCACUUUGCUUCCCUCCCCCCUUUCUCCCCUUCGCUGCCUCCCCCCUCCCCCCUUACCUUCUCACUAGUUCUCUCAUCUAAUCCUCCCCUCUCCCCCUCCCAUUCCCCCUCCCCCUCCCCCUCCCCUCGGUGUGUGCAGCCGCUGUGGCCGGCUGAGUCCGACCACGGGUGCUGCCUCCGCCCGUGGGCUCCGACUCAGGGGCCUCGAGGCUCCUCUCUCCUGCUCGCCCGGCUCUGGGCAGCUUGGUUCCUCCCUCCCACCUUCCAGGCCCCGGGAUGGCGGCGGCGAUGCUCUCCGGCACAGGUUCGGCCCCCCCGCCCGGGUCCGGUGGUGGUGGUGGUGGUGGCGGCGAUGGUGACGGCGGUGGCGGCUGUAGAGGGUCCCCGCCGGGGGGCUGGGCCGUGGCCCGGUUGGAAGGCCGCGAGUUCGAGUACCUGAUGAAGAAGCGGUCGGUGACUAUUGGGCGGAAUUCAUCGCAGGGCUCCGUAGAUGUGAGCAUGGGUCACUCGAGCUUCAUUUCCCGGCGCCACCUUGAGAUCUUCACCCCCCCAGGCGGCAGCCCGACCCUGGUGGCCUCUGGUGCUGAUGAGCAACAAUCUCAGCCUCAGACCCCCGCGCAGCAGCCGCCCCCGCCGCCUCCGCCUCCCCCACCUUCCCAGCACGGCCCCUCGGAGGACCCCGGCACCGGCGGAGACUUCUACCUGCGCUGCCUCGGCAAGAACGGCGUCUUCGUGGACGGCGUGUUCCAGAGGCGGGGGGCUCCCCCGCUGCAGCUGCCCCGAGUAUGUACCUUCAGAUUUCCUAGCACAAACAUCAAGAUAACAUUCACAGCACUGUCCAAUGAGAAGAGGGAAAAACAGGAGGCCCCAGAGUCCCCAGUUAAGCCUGUGCAGCCUCAGAUCACUCCCUUAACAAUAAACAUUCCUGACAACAUGGCUCACCUGAUCAGCCCUCUGCCUUCUCCCACAGGAACUAUCAGUGCUGCAAACUCCUGUCCAUCUAGUCCCCGGGGGGCAGGCUCUUCAGGGUACAAAAUGGGUCGUGUACUACCCACUGACCUACAUUUAAUGGCUGAUAAUUCACAGUCAGAAAAUGACAAGGAAGCUUCAGGUGGAGAUAGCCCAAAGGAUGAUUCGAAGCCUCCUUAUUCCUAUGCACAAUUAAUAGUACAAGCAAUUACAAUGGCUCCUGAUAAGCAGCUUACACUAAAUGGAAUUUAUACCCACAUAACUAAAAACUAUCCAUACUACAGGACAGCAGAUAAAGGCUGGCAGAAUUCAAUUCGCCACAAUCUCUCUCUGAAUCGUUAUUUCAUCAAAGUACCACGUUCCCAGGAAGAACCAGGCAAAGGCUCAUUCUGGAGGAUAGACCCUGCCUCUGAAAGCAAAUUAAUAGAGCAGGCUUUUAGGAAAAGAAGGCCUAGGGGAGUACCUUGCUUUAGAACCCCUCUGGGACCGCUCUCUUCUAGAAGUGCUCCAGCUUCUCCUAAUCAUUCUGGAGUGUUGUCUGCUCACUCCAGUGGAGUACACCCUGAGAGUUUGUCAAGGGAAGGUUCAGUCCCUAUGGAUCCCGAGCCUAGUGCUAUACAACCUAAACUAGCAGUAAUACAGGAAGCUCGGUUUGCUCAGAGUGCACCAGGUUCACCUUUGUCUAGCCAGCCAGUUUUGAUUACUGUACAACGGCAGCUACCACAAACUAUUAAACCAGUCACCUACACUGUUGCAACACCUGUGACCACCUCAACAUCCCAGCAACCUGUGGUACAGACGGUUCAUGUUGUUCAUCAGAUACCAGCUGUAUCAGUCACAAAUGUGACCGGAUUAGCUCCAGCAAACACUUAUACUGUAGCUGGACGCGUGGUCACACAAGCUGCAGUAGUUACCCAGUCCAAGAUAGAACCUCAAGAAAAUGGAGACCACAGAGAAGUAAAAGUUAAAGUAGAACCUAUUCCUGCUAUUAGCCACACUACAAUAGGAGCUGCUAGUCGGAUCAUUCAAACAUCUCAGACCACUCCCUUACAGACAGUUACCAUAGUGCAACAGGCACCUCUAGGUCAACACCAGCUACCAAUAAAAACUGUAACACAAAAUGGGACACAUGUAGUACCAGUCACCACAGCAAUCCAGGGACAGGUCAGCACUGCUGCUGCAAGCCCUUUACAUAUGUUGGCAACCCAUGCAUCAGCAUCAGCAUCCCUGCCAACCAAACGUCAGAAUGGUGACCAGUCAGAGCAGCCAGAACUGAAACGUAUCAAAACAGAAGAUGGAGAAAGCAUAGUCAUCGCUGUGAAUGUGGACACACCAUCUUCAGCAGUGAGGGAAAAAAGCAUCCAAAACUAAAAACUUUGAUUUCUUUUCAUAUUUAAAAAAAGUUUUUUUAAUCAACUCUGUGGUGCCAAAAGGAGACAUUUAACUUAAUACCUAAAAUGUUGGAACACGUUCUCAACCCAAUGGGUAUAUGGGCCCUGUGAUCAGACUUCAAUGUUCAGCACUGAAAAACAAAAAUGAAAACACAGGUGGCCUUAAAACUCAGUAAUUUAAAAACAAAAAUCAAACUAAAAAACACAAACAUCUUGUUCUAAAGGCUGUGACGUCCCCUCCUUACUGAACUAUCUCUGUUGCUGCAGAGUUGGGGAGAGCUGCAGCUUUUAAAUUUAAAUUAAAAAAAAAAACCACUUGAUUAUUUUAAGGACUGAGUAUCUCAGUGUAACGACAGCAUGAUAAGCGCUUAGUGUAAAGUGUUUCAAAUGAUUGUAUAUUCCUUAAAGGGAACAGAGGCAAGGAGCCAUUUCCUCCAUCUUGGCAGCUAGCCUUUCAUAAUGACCUAGCCAGUGCAGUUGUUGAUAGAUAUGCAGUAUUUUGUUGUUCACAUGUGGAAUUUUUGAAGUGUACUUUCAUUUCUUUGAAAAAUAAUGGGGUCUUUUGACAUUUCAAAUCACUCCAUUUAAAUUAUGGAAACUUUGGAAUCACAGUACUUUUCAUGUGAAAUUUAGUUUGGUUAUAAAACACAUGCAACACAAAAAAAGAUGUUUUUUUUUUUAAUUGAUGGAAUGAUUUCCUUAUAUGUGUCCUGUUAAUGUUCACAUGAAGCUACUUUAUUACAUCUGCAAAUUUUUUAUAUUUUAGCAGUUGCCUGAUAAAUUUAAUCCAAUUUUAUCAAAAUGUGUAGUGAUCAAAUGCUUCUUUGGGCUUGCAUGUAACAGAUUAGAAAUUCCAGUGUAAGUGAGCCAUUAACUGAUGUAAAGAACUGCUAUGAUUUUGACCAGAGCUGCACUUAACCAUUUCUCUUUUUUGCUAUCUUUGGCUGUUUGUUUACUUUGUGUUGACUUUGAUUGUCCCUGGCAUAUUUUUCCAGUCUAAGUAAAACAAGUCUCACUUAGUAUCUGUGUAUGUUUAAAAUGACAGAACUAUUCUGCUUCAUUUAGGAAAAAAAGAUACAAUCUUUUAUCACAGGUCCUUUUAAAGAAAAGAUCUUGUCAGAGGUAUAUUCAAUAUUUUUAAGCUUAAAUAUUCAGCACUAGGAGGAAUUAAUCUGACCAUUAUGUUGAUAAAAUGUUAAUAUUUUAAUUGUCCUUAAUUACCAAAUGUCCUAUGCCCUCCUAUUUGGUAUCUCCAUUAAAAGUAGCUGCUGUGAUUUUUGAGCAGACGCUACCUUAUAAUAAAAGGAUUCCUUUUAUAUAAAUAUAUAUAUAUAUAUAUAUAUUUUUAAACAUGUUCUAUAGUUGAGCAUUUAAACUAUCUUACUAAUUCUCUAAUUUGCAGCAGGAGAUUCCAAUCUAUCUUUCCAUUUUGAAUUCAAAACUAAGGCUGAUAUGAUCCCUAAAAGAUAUGAUUAUUUGGGGAAAGGAAGAAAAAAUCAGAAAGAAAGAAGGAUGAAUUAUCAUACCUCAGCCCACAUGCCUUCCAAAAGGAAAAAAGUUCAUGGAUCUCUUGGCAUUUGGUGCCUUAGAGUUGAUUACCAUGGGAGCAGAUGAGACUUUGGCCUUAAUUUUGAAUUUGAGUUGUUUCUGUAAUCAUCAUAACAUUAUCUAUUUAAAUGUAGUACUUCAAUAUUUAAUUACCUUUUUUUAAAAAGGGGAAAAAUAACCCCUGUAUUUUCCUGAUGGACUAAAACGGCUCAGAAUGGUAUAUUUAGGCAGUUUGGGAAACUCAUUAUUUACCUGAAGACCAAAUAUGAUAAAUCUGUACUAAGUAUUGUGUCAAUCCACAAUAUGGGGCUGUCAUAAUGUUACUGCAGACAUACAUAUUAAAAA